UUUGAGACACUUCAGGACGAGUUUUGGAUAAAAAUUCGAUUUUUCUCAAAAAUUUCGUGAGGAUUUGUCACUUUAAAGAUGGAAAAUUAUCGAAAAGGCUCAAAUAUCGAAGAAGAACUCACCAAAGAUCGAAUUCCAAUCCCAAAUUUACCGGAAAACUUCCUUUGGAUGCACGUGAAAGGCGGCACAAAAGUACAAAAUGUGAUAGAUUACGCUCGGAAAGCUUUGGAUGCCGGCGAAUAUCGAUCCGUUGUUUGGAGCGGAAAUGGAGGAGGAGUUCCAAAGACAAUUUCUUGUGCGGAGAUCAUGAAACGUCAUUACCAUCUUCAUCAAGUCACACAAAUUUGUUACACGAAAGUCGAGGAGAUCUGGGAGCCGCUUUUGGAAGGUUUAGAACAAAUUGUGGUCAAACGAGAAAUUCCAACUGUGCAUAUUUUGACGUCUUUGGAUGAAAUUGACCCAUCAACGCCAAGUUAUCAAUGCUCAGGACAAGCAACGUCGAUGUCUUUUAUGCCAAAAGCACCCAAAGAGAAGCCUUUUAACAUCGAUGCGAAGAGAAAUCCGAGAAAAAGUAAAAAUCCGGGAAAUUCUCAACAGAGUAAUAGUAAUAAGAAUCAAAAAAAGUCGAAAAAACCUGAAAAAAGUACAGAACAAAUCAGUUCGUCAAGUAAAAUGGAAACUGAAGAGACAUAAAAAUAUUUAAAAAUUUUUUUUUUUUUAUUUUUUAAGGCUCGUUAACU